GGCCUCUCUACGGUGCUUGCGUUCAUUGACUUGAAAUCAGCGUUCUAUAAGGUUAUCAGACCCGUUGUCAUGCCCUUCCUCCAGGACCCCCAGGACAUAGCUGACGCUGUCGAUGCCGCCGAUAUCCCCGAGGACGCUGAGACAGAUUGUCUCGCGGACAGCAGCUUUGUUGACGACCUCGGCGUCAUGGCGGCGGUUCAAAGUGGUACCGGCCUCCCCCAGGCGAUGUCUGACGUGGUUGUCACCGUCAGCAAGGCCACGGUCAA